AACAUUGUUGGGACUUUCCUCUCUUUUUCUUUUCGCUCUUUUGUUUUUUGUCUCUUCUUUGAUGUCACCUUCUACUCUCAAACAGGACACACAAGUAGAAAAAAGAAAUCAAGAAUCUAUUUCUUUCCCCUUUUACUAGUAAACUAGUAAACAAACAGCCUCCUUUUUCCAAGUAGUAAUUUUAGUUAUUACUAUAACUUGCAAGGUAGACCCAUACAGUUCCAUACAUGGAUCCCAACCAGCCUAAUUUUAUCAAUACUAGCAACAACAAUAUUAUUAUUAUUAAGCAUGCUGAUGAUCAGGUAAAAGAUGAUGAAAUCAAGAAACAGCAGCAACAGAAGCAGGUGGCUGUGCCUAAAAGAAAAGAUAGGCAUACUAAAGUUGAAGGAAGAGGGAGGAGGAUACGUAUGCCUGCACUUUGUGCUGCAAGGAUUUUCCAACUUACGCGUGAAUUGGGUCAUAAAUCUGAUGGAGAGACUAUACAGUGGCUGCUGCAGCAAGCCGAGCCUUCGAUUAUUGCUGCUACCGGCACAGGGACUAUUCCUGCCUCGGCUUUAUCUGCAGCAGCCGCUGUUUCUCAACAGGGGAUCUCUGUUUCAGCUGGUUUAGUGGACGAAUCAGGCGAAAAUAUUGCGGGGUCGGAUAGUAAUAGAGGCAGCAGUAAUAAUCGUAGGACCAGUUGGCCCAUGAUCUGUGGGAAUUUGGGAAGACCCCAUUCGGCCUCAACAGGAAUAUGGCCCGCACCUCCUCCUGUUGUUACUAGUUUUGGGUAUCAGUCCUCAUCUGCUGCAUCAAGCUCCAGUUUGGGUAGUGAGAGUUCAAAUUAUUACCUACAGAAAAUUGGGUUUCCUGGUUUUGAUCUCCCUGCAGCUACAAAUAUGAAUCCAAUGAGUUUUACUUCAAUUCUUGGUGGCAGUAACCAGCAACUGCCAGGAUUGGAGCUUGGAUUAUCUCAAGAGGGUCAUAUAGGAGUUCUGAACUCUCAAGCCUUGAACCACAUAUAUGCAAGAAUGCAACAUCCACAACAGGACCAACAAAAUCAGCAACAGUCUCCAGCGAAUGAUUCUCAAGGAUCAGGACACUAAAACAACUUUCAGAUAGAAGAGCUGAGUUAGUUUUUUUGGUGAAUGAUUUUUCAUUUGUUAGUAGGUAUAUUGAUUGCAAGUUAAAAAGCCAUCCAUCCUUUUAUCAUUCAUUUGGACUUUAUGUAUUGAGUGGUGUGCUUAUAUCUUGUUUACUAAAUUAGACAUGGUAAGCACAAAUACACAUGCAAUUUUCUCAUGUACUAUAUGAGGCUUCGGAUUGAUUCACAUCUUUGUACUUGUAUGAGGGAUUUCUUGCAAUCAAUUUCAAUAUAUCCAGCAUAAUGAGAUCCCAAGACGCUGCUCUAGUUUCUUCUGUUUGGGAUUUGAGGGGAGUGGGAGUAGAGCUUUUCAAUCCUUUCUUUGUACAAUUCACCACAACACUGCAGCUGUGAUAGCUGGUGACCAGAAAAAUUAGCCCUUCAGUCUAUUGAUAGCUCUAUAAGUGGCUGGUAUUAAAUGAAUGUAAAUGGAGCUGUCAAAAAUGGGAAUAUAGGGAAUUGUAUGACUGCAAGAGCAUAAGUAGGAAAGGAGGUGACUUUCUACAAGAUACUGUUUUAAUUUAAAGAAGCAACAUGGAGAUAUAAACUAACAUGCAUUCCUUCUUCAAGCAGUAGGAUGCUUUUGCUUGAACAUAACAAAAUAUUGUGUCUUUCAGAACUUCUGUGAUCACCAUACAGCAUCUAGGUCUAAAAGAGAAUUCUUGUGGUUUUGUUGACAUUUUUAGUGUUGGUUUGUCUUUGAGCAGCUCUCAUGUGUGAUUGUUGUAUGGAUAUUUACUGAGACUGAGUGGUGUUUGUUGGUCCGCAUUGGAAAGCUGGGAAACUAUCUAUAUGGUAUCCUCCCAAUGUUUCAACAUGCUUAUGCAUGUUGCUUUGGUGGCAAAGGAGUAGUAUGCUGGAUUGGUGAAAGUGAAACAGAUGCUGCUACUUAUGACGGGGCCAAAAGGAGAAAGAGUUACCGGCCUCUAAAUGCACUUUGUGACUAUUUUAUGUUGUUUUUACAAUGAUGAUAAGAGUUUAUGAAGGCUUUUAACCUGGGAUUGAAAUUGAUCGAGUCAACAGGCUAUGAGGUUUAUCGCCUUGAAAUUGGCUUAAAUUAAAUAUGAUGAGCUUAUCAUUAUAUUUUAACCAUUCUUGCAGAAGUGUGCAGCAGGUCUACCAACAAUUUUCUUUUGGCAUGCUCAAAUGAUUUUUCUCCCAGCACACGCUGUAAUUAAUGUGGUCUGUCGCAUCAAGCUAAUGAUAUCAUUGAUAUGU